UGACCCGAAGUGGGAUGUGUUGCUCGAGGUUUAUGUUGAAACAUGAUUUUCCAAGUUGUUGAAUACUUUAAAAGAGACAACAUGGUAUAAGUAUCAAGUACUUUUUUGUUUUAGCAUAGAUCCGAGAUGACAGUCAUGUUAGGUCGGUCAGGACUACAGAAUUUAACCCUCCAGAGCAGCCGACAGGGAUUAAUAGGCUAUUUCAGUGAACUGUUAAAUAACGGGAACUGUGUCAGAGGCUCUGUUCGGGUUGACCAGGUUAUCCGACCACAUAGCUCCUCGAAUAGUCCCAAUACCAGGACAGAGUCUGAUGAGAAUGUUAAUGAUUAUGAUGGACCGUUUAGAAGCAAGAAACUUGCAGAACAAACAAUUAGACCAUUUUCUGAGUUUUUAACAGAUACCUUUCAAAGACAACAUACAUAUUUACGCAUUUCAUUAACAGAGAGGUGUAAUCUUAGAUGUCAGUAUUGUAUGCCAGAAAAUGGAGUGGAUUUGACGCCCAAAGAUGAGCUAUUAUCAACCAAUGAAAUACUCAAUUUAUCUAAAUUAUUUGUUAAAGAAGGAGUACAGAAAAUACGAUUAACAGGGGGUGAACCUCUAGUUAGAAAAGAUCUUAUACAAAUUAUAGAAGGCCUUAAUUCUUUCCGACCAUUAGGUUUAGAAGCUAUUGGUAUUACUACUAACGCAGUAACAUUGUCCCGUAAACUACCUCAAUUAAAACAAGCUGGUUUAGAUCAGAUUAAUAUAAGUCUGGACAGUUUAAUUCCCGCAAAGUUUGAAUUUAUCACCAGACGUAAAGGAUAUGAUAAGGUUUUAAAAGGAAUAGAAACGGCUGUAGACCUUGGAUUUCAUCCUGUUAAGGUAAACUGUGUUGUAAUGAGAGGUUUAAAUGAUGAUGAAAUUUGUGAUUUUGUAGCAUUUACAGAAAACAGAAAUGUUGAUAUACGUUUUAUAGAAUAUAUGCCAUUUGGUGGUAACAAAUGGAACUUUCAGAAGAUGGUGUCCUACCAACAAAUGUUAGAUACCAUUAAAUCCCAGUUCCCUGAUUUAACUAAAAUAGGGGAUAAAGAAAACGAUACAUCAAAGGCAUAUAAAGUACCAGGUUUUAAAGGUCAAAUAGGAUUUAUAACGUCUAUGAGUGAACAUUUCUGUGGAACUUGUAACAGACUAAGAUUAACAGCAGACGGGAAUCUAAAGGUCUGUCUUCAUGGUAAUGCUGAAGUGUCUUUACGAGAUGCUUUGAGAAAUGAAAGUUCAGAAGAAAAAAUGUUAGAAAUAAUCGGUGCUGCUGUUAAACGUAAAAAGAAACAACAUGCAGGAAUGAUAAACUUAUCUAAGAUGACAAACAGACCAAUGAUAUUAAUCGAUGAAUCAAAUAGAAUUUACAAGAAUCAGAAUGAUGAAUCAACAUUCUCAGAUGAUAUACCAGUGAAUAUUGUGAUAAUGACUGUUAAUAAUUAUUAUGAUUGUGAUAAAUAUUUUAAUACUUGUUUUAAUUGUGAAAAUAAAUCAUAUAUGGGUGCGCACAAUGUGAAGGCUUCAUUGAAUCAUAAUAUUAUUGAAGAAAAUUGUAAUUUAAGUAAUUUGUUUAAUGGACAUAAUCAACUUGAAAAUAUUCGUCAAGCUGUUUUUGUAAAUACUGUUAACAAUAGUGACAAGACUAUGACUAAUAACCAUAUCGAAAGGCAACCAGGAAAAUAUUUUGAAUUUGAUGGAGAGAUUCAACCUAAAAACAAAGUUGAUUUUAUGAAAAAAAGUGGAUGGAACUUUUCUUUAGCAGAAAUCUUUCAAAAACACCAAAAAUCAUAUACAGGGUAUUCAUCAUAUAGGUUAUUCUCAUCUGAUUCUUCAAAUAAUGGAAGUUCUGAACAGAGUGAUCUCCCUUACUGGGAACAGGACAGACGUCAGAGAUUCAGUCAAUCUAAAGAUCAGUCAAAUAGUGCAGAUGACAUAGUUUCUCAAAAGCAAGAGGAUUCUUUAACUCACACAGAUAUGGAAGGGGAAGCCAAUAUGGUGGAUGUUGGAUGGAAAUCUAAUUCUAACAGGACAGCAGAAGCUGUCGCAACUAUUCACCUCGGUGAUGUGGCAUUCAAUUUAUUGAAACAAAACAAAAUGAAGAAGGGCGAUGUGUUAACUGUUGCUCAAAUUGCUGGGGUAAUGGCCGCUAAAAAAACAUCCGAUUUAAUACCACUAUGUCAUAAUAUUAACUUGUCUAAAAUAGAUGUUAAGUUUGUGUUAAAUGAUGAAAAAAAAAGUGUCUCGAUCCAUUCUUUGGCUAAGACUUCUGGGAAAACAGGAGUCGAAAUGGAGGCGCUGACUGCGGUCUCUUUAGCUGCAUUAACAAUCUAUGACAUGUGUAAAGCAGUAACCAAGGAUAUGGUAAUCAGUGAUGUUAAACUUUUAUCUAAAACUGGUGGAAAAAGCAAAGAUUUUUAUAGAUAUUAAUGUUUAUUAAAGAAUGUAUUUUGAAACAUUUGGAAUAUAAACAGAAAACAAGUAUGUGCAUCCUAUAUUUACCAGGAACCGAGCAUGGCGUCAUCACUGACAUCUUGGAAUUGUGACAACCAUCGAUCAAUGCCUGAUUGUCCGAAGAACAAGUUUCAUGAUGAUCAUACUGUAAUUGGUGGAGCCUUAGGCUUCUUUUGAAGAGCGUUGACCUUCAACCCCCAAGAAGAAAAGCAACAACACAAUGUGCAGUGCUUUGGGGACCAGUUCCUGAUCUAUGAAUAGUUCCACUAUAAAACAGUGUGCAUUAAGAAUUGAAUAAAAAGUGCUAGAAAAACAUUUAGUUUCACCAAAAUAUCUUUUAGAAUUACCAAAGCUUAUUUUAUUUCUGUUUUUUCCAAACACAAGUUUCUAAUAUUAAUAAUAAUAGUGAAUUUGUAUAUUGCCUCUUAUCUAAAACUGUUGUACUCAAUAGUGCUGAGCUGCACUGUCAGGUUUGGUAUUCACAAUUAAAUAAGCUAGUCUUCAAGCAUGAUUUAAAGGACUUGGAUUUUCUGGCUUCUUUUAUAGUUUCUGGGAGUUUGAUCCAUAAUCAAGUGCCAAUUUUACUAUCAUUUAUUUCUAAGUUUCUUUAAUUUUUGUUACUUUAAAAUAAACCUGUUUUGUGGCAUAUAUUACUCUUUUUGAAAUAUCAUAAAAAAAAGUGGUAAAAUGCUGUUGUUGUUUUUUUCAUUUUUUAAAUACUCCUCCCUAAAUCAUGAAGUACUCUGCCUCCUUGUCUGUCAAAGGUCCCAAGGGUUGUGAUGAAGUCUACUUUGAAUUUACAGGGUUAAUUGUUAAAUUAAUAAUCAUAAAGUUGUUUUAGUUUUAGUGAUGAAAUAGGCCCUGAAAUAUUAUUUUGAAGCAUUUAUUGUUAAAUAAUUCUGUUUCGAUUUUUUUGAAAAAUUUAUAAACAUGGUCUUUAUUUAUGAUGUUAUAAAAUAUUGUUAAUGGAAUCAUAUAUUAUAUAUCAAGCUGAAUUUGAUUAAUAAAUACAGUAUUUUAUAUCUUU